UCCGCAGUGCCUCCAGGCCAGGGGGCAGGCGGACCCUGCGGACACCCAGCCCCCAGGCGGGCCAGCCGCACAGGGACUGAGACAGCGGGGACCCUAGAGGUUGUUCCCCGCCACUGCUGCCCCCCAACCCCACCCUUGUCAUGGAGCAGGUGGGUGCUGACAAGGCCCUCUUCCUGGGCCCCCAAGGUCCUCGGCUUCCUGCAGGGCUGAGUGUGGGGGAGGGAGCGAGGCCGACCUGCGCCUCCUGCAGGGGCCCGGAGGUAAAUGUGUAACCGCGGCGGCCGCGCCCCGCCCCGCCCGGUCAGGUGGGCCCCGCGGGGCAAAGUCUGCGGGUCUGAGCGGCGGCAGCGGCGUGAUGGGCGCGCUGGGCCGGGCGCUGCUGUGGCUGCAGCUGUGCGCCAUGACCCGUGCGGCCUACAAACUCUGGGUCCCCAACACCAACUUCGAAGUCACCGCCAACUGGAGCCAGAACCGGACCCCGUGCUCGGGCGCCACCGUCGUGUUCCCCGCGGACAAGAUAGUGUCAGUCCUGGUGCGAGAAGGUCACAGCAUCUCGGACAUGCUCCUGCCGCGGGACGGGGAGUUCGUCCUGGACGCGGGAGCCGGCUUCGGCGCCGCAGCCGCAGGCAGGGACCCCGACUGCGGCGCAGGUGCCCCCGCGCUUUUCCUCGACCCCGACCGCUUCUCGUGGCACGACCCGCGCCUGUGGCGCUCCGGGGGCGCGGCGCGCGGCCUCUUCUCCGUGGACGCCGAGCGCGUGCCCUGCCGCCACGACGACGUCGCCUUCCCGCCCGACGCCUCGUUCCGGGUGGGCCUCGGCCCCGGCGCCGGGCCCGCGCGCGUCCGCAGCGUCUGGGCUCUCGGCCAGACGUUCACGCGCGACGAGGACCUGGCUGCGUUCCUGGCGUCCGCCGCCGGCCGCCUGCGCUUCCACGGGCCGGGCGCUCUGAGCGUGGGUGCCGACGCCUGCGCCGACCCGUCGGGCUGCGUCUGCGGCAACGCUGAGGUACAGCCGUGGAUCUGCGCCGCCCUGCUCCAGCCCCUCGGCGGUCGCUGUCCCCCGGCCGCCUGCCGCGACGCUCUCCGGCCCGAGGGGCAGUGCUGCGACCUCUGCGGAGCCAUCGUGUCGCUGACCCACGGCCCCACCUUUGACAUUGAGCGGUACCGGACGCGGCUGCUGCGAAGCUUCCUGCCCCAGUACCAGGGGCUGCAAGUGGCCGUGUCCAAGGUGCCGCGCCAGACCGCAGGCGCCGAGGCGGACACGGAGAUUCAGGUGGUGCUGGCAGAGACCGGGCCCAACGGGACGGGCGAUGCGGGGCGGCUGGCACGUGCCCUCCUGGCGGACGUCGCCGAGCACGGCGAGGCCCUGGGGGUCCUAUCCGCGGCGGCCCGGGAGUCGGGGGCGCCAGUCGGGGACGGCGCGGCGGCGGGGCUGGAAGGUUCGGGAACGCGCGCCGAGUUGGCAGGCGGCGUGGCGGCGGGGCUGCUCGUGCUGCUGCUGGCGCUGCUGGCGGGGGCGCUGCUGCUGAGCCGCGCUCGGAGGUUCAGGUGGAAUAGGCGCGACGAAACGGCCCCAGCGCCUUUCGUGACGCCCCUGGGCUUCAACAACCCGGUGUUCGACGUGGCGGGCUCAGUGGAGCUGCCUUCAGCCCUGCAGGUGGAAAACAGCCGCACCAGCCGCAGCUACUUCGUUAACCCUCUUUUUGCCGAGGCGGAAGCCUGAGCACCCGCGUCUCUUGACAUUCCAGGAUCUCCACUCCCCUUCCCACACUUCUCGUCCCCAUCCCCUGCAGACCCAGGGUACGGUGGCUUUGCCCAAUAAAGGGGUUUAUUGCA